CGCAUUGUGAUGGCUAACGCUAAGCGCACGAGUUUGGAUGGUUUGAUUGAUUUUGAGUUCAAUGAAACGAAGUAUGAUUCUAGCAAUCCAUUGGUCCUGCUUGGAAACAAUGAGUCACAAUCUAAAGGAAAACAAAAGCCAGAUUCUAUUAAAGUUGUUCAGAAACAAAUUUUGUCAAAAAAGCGAAGGAAGGAGUUAGAGCGCAAAGUUGCUCAAAAGGAAAAGAAGUUAUCGCGUUCGGAAUUGUGGAAGGAAUUAGAGCAGUACAAAAAAUCUGAGACUGCCCCACCUGUAUCUGUGUUACCUCUGUUCAACAAGCUUAAGAAGACAGAGAAACGAGUACAUAAUUCAAAUAUUAAAGGAAAGUCGUGGAAACGGGAAUGCCGUGAAUUGUCAGAUGCUUCGAAGUCUACGGACGAGUAUAGCAGUGAUGAGUCUGUUCCGGAGACGGCAAAUCCAAAUGACACCGUCAUUUCAGAAGAGUGCCCAAAUAAGGAUGAUACUAACCCAUCUACCCAAAACAGUACUGAAAACGAGCGUGAAACUGAGGUGGUUCAGUCGGAAAAUACUUCCAAACCUGCUAGGUUUGUUUUAGUUUCACGGACACCAGAAGUAGUAACAUCCCGUCUCGCACUCCCCAUAUUAUCGGACGAAGCGAGCAUCAUGGAAAGUAUCAGUGAAAACGAUUGUGUUAUAAUCUGUGGGGCCACUGGGUGCGGUAAAACUACACAAGUCCCACAGUUCCUAUAUGAGGCAGGAUAUGCAAUGGAAGGGUAUAUGAUUGGGAUAACGGAGCCACGUCGUGUAGCCGCAAUAUCAAUGGCACGUCGAGUUGGUGAGGAAUUAAAUUUAACACCUAGCCAAGUAUCUUAUCAUAUUCGGUAUGACAAGGAAGUGACGAAAGAAACAAUGAUAAAAUUCAUGACAGAUGGGAUCCUUUUGCAGGAAAUAAAACAGGACUUUGAACUAUCACGAUAUUCUGCCAUUAUAGUAGACGAGGCCCAUGAACGUUCAAUUUACUCUGAUGUGAUUUUGGGUCUAAUAUCCAUGAUUGUGCGUCUACGUCGACGGAGGUUUACGGAAAAUAUACCGACAAAUGGUAAAGUUUUACUACCUCUAAAGCUGAUUAUCAUGUCUGCAACUUUGAAAGUGAACGAUUUUUCAGAAAACCGUCGUCUUUUUCCACAAUCCCCUCCACCAGUCAUCCAUGUUGAAUCACGCCAGUAUCCUGUAACGUGUCAUUUUGCUAAGUCAACAAAUCCAGAUUAUCUGAAAGCAGCAUUUCGUAAAGUAGUAUCGAUUCACAAAACUUCACCACCUGGUGGAAUUCUGGUGUUUGUCACCGGUCAGCAGGAAGCAAAUACACUUUGCAGUUGGCUUACAAGAGCGUUUCCAAAGAUAAAUGAGCAUUCACCUAACUCAGUAAAUGAAAAGUCUAGUAAAGUUGAUGGACAUUCAAAAAAGCAAAGGAAAUUGCCAAAAGAAACUCACAAGUCAUCUGUAUCUGCAGAUAAUUCAAAUGAUUGUGGGAAUGUGGGUGUAGAAGAAAGUGAUCGUGUUACCUCAUGCAUUGAUUUGAACAAUUUCGACAUUAUUCCUGCUGACGAGGAGACGGAAAUUGGUCAUACUCGUGUUCACCGCAAAAGCAUAGUAAAAGAAGAAAAGAAACUAACUGAAUAUAAGAAAGACGAAGCAGAUGACAGUGAAGUGGAGGAAAUUGAUGAUGAUGACGAUAUCCUUGAACAAAUUAGUCGAACACGUAGUGAGUCUUAUCCUGGUCCACUGUAUGCACUACCUUUUUAUUCAUUGUUGCCUCCUGAACGUCAACAAAAUGUUUUUCAACCACCACCUGAGAAUCAUCGUUUGGUUGUGGUUGCGACCAAUGUAGCUGAAACCUCACUUACUAUCCCGAAUAUACGUUUUGUCGUAGAUACAGGCAAGGUAAAAACUAAGGUGUAUGAACCAGCAACAGGGACUUCCAGUUUUGAGAUCAUAUGGAUUAGUCAAGCAUCUGCUGAACAGCGAGCAGGAAGAGCUGGUCGUGUUGGUCCUGGUCAUUGUUACCGUUUGUACAGUUCACAGAUAUUUUCAAGCAUGAAACAGUUUUCCGUUCCUGACAUUCUUGUUCGCCCAAUUGACGAAGUUGUUUUAAUGUUAAAGUUGUAUUUGGGAAGUACAAAGCUUUCACUUUUCCCUCUACCUACUCCACCAUCCACUCAAGCGAUCGAGGCUGCUGAACGUCGUUUGCUUGCUUUAGGUGCUCUGAAGGAAGUUGAAAAUGCCACAGGAGGUCAAUCUCGUACAAUUUCAGACGCUGGGAAGUGGAUGACGAGAGUUCCAGUGCCUGCACGCUUUGCACGGAUGUUACUAUUCGCAAAUCAAUGUCAUCUAAUGCCGUAUGCUGUGAUACUAGUUGCUGCUUUAUCUGUACCGAAUCUGUUUGUAUCACAGACUUCGGAUACGCCAUUUUUAUCGGAACAGGAAAAGACAUUUCAGUCUAACUUCGUCCAGCAAUUUGUUAGAAAUAAAGAAGAUCUGUAUCUUGGGGACCUUGCAGUACUUUUAGGUACAAUAUGCUGCCUAGAGCGCUAUGCAGCUCAACUUAGUGGCUUGAUACCUGCAGAGCCCGGGAUAAUAGAAUCGGUUGGUGGAAAAACUUAUGUUUCACGUGAUCCCGAAGGUGCAUUACGACAACUGGCACAACGUUGUGGUGUUCGAUGGAAUGCAUAUAAAGAAAUCCGACAACUUCGUAAACAACUUACUGAUAUUUUGAAUGUUAUCAUUCCAGAUCUUGGCCUUGCCAUUGAUCUCUGUUUACCAAGACCCACAGAUUCACAAAUUAUUCAAUUGAGACAGUUGUUUCUUGUUGGCUCACCUUGUCAGAUUGCUAAAAAGCUAAAUGUUUGUAUCACUGGUCUACCGCCUAAUGAACGCCGUCGACUUCGUUAUGCCUACGAGAUCCCAGGCAAGCAAGGGCCUGUAUUCAUCGAUCCAAGUUCUCCUCUGGCACGUGAGAAUUUCCCGUUCAUUGCAUAUCUAGAGGUUCACACUACGUCAAAAUCUUUUCUUCGCACGGUAUGUGCUAUAGAUCCAGCAUGGAUACCAUUUUUGGCACCUCAGAGUUACUCAGUCAGUGAUCCUAUAUUGACAGAUAGCCUAGAUUCAUUAGAUAAUAAUGAAAACGAUGCCAAGAAUUGUGAUUCAUCCAAUCAAAUCAAUGAUGAAACAAGUGAUACUGAUGAAUCGAAAAAUGAUUCCAACGCAUUUAAAAAGUCCACUUCUCUCACAUCCACUCCUACACCGCGUUAUGAUUCUGAACGUGAUGUUAUUGUUACUGGUGCCAAGUCUGUGAAAUAUAUUGGUUCGGGUGUUGUUCUUGAUUCUCCUGAAUUAUGUGACGAUCAGUUUCUGGAUUUACCGAAUUCAAUUGUAGUUCCAAUUAACAGUAUAGCUACAAGUCAGUCGUUAGGCUUCAAAGAAGCGCUAACAUGGAGUGUUCGUUGGUUCACACGUUUUCUUCUAGAAGGCAUAAUUUUUCCGGAAUUUAAGGAAUGGUUUCCUACAAAAAUAAAAAAGAAUAUUUCACCACAGAUAGUAACCGUUUCUUGGGGCGUUAUUCGUCCUGAGGUACGUUCUUUAGUAUCCGUUUUGGUCGUAGACAAGAUCGAUUCUAAGAAGAAACUUUUGCAACAGUGGCAUUCCGAUCCGUUGUGUAAGUGAGCUAAUAUUUUUAACUGUAAUCUUCUUUAGAUAUUUCGAAAGAAUUGGCGUCUUGGUUGCACUCAGGAUGUGUUAGCGAGUUUCAUGCAUCUUGGCCACUGAUUAAAAAUUCAGAUACACAUUGACUUCAUCUCUUCUUACAGUCUGUAAAAUAAUGCUUUCUUUGUCCAUAAUUUUUUCUCGCAAAUAAAAAAUGUACAGUUCGUAUGUGUUUUGAUAUCUAGUUUUUUAUGGAGUGAAACGAUAAAUCGCAUUAUCUCUGAAGCAAAGCAUAGUAUAUACACAUUCACAUUAAUCUGCCAUAUUAUUUCGAAUACUAGCAAUAUACAUGAGGAUUUUCGUGAAAUCAGUUACACUUCACGAGUGCACCCACACUCAUCGUAUUUCAUUCGUUUCGUUUAUGUUUAUUUUAUCGACAGUCUUCUGUUGUCUUCAGUAUACAUUCUAAUAUUCUAGUGCUUACGCUCAUCACCACAAUACUUCCAACCGUAUCUUGAACUCAUAUGUCUCAAAUCAAGCUUCAGAUGUGUCGCCCCACCGAUAGCUGCUACCUUAACUUGGUGGUCGGUUUUGCAUAUCCCAAUGAUCCAACAAGCCACACUAGCUGGAACUAGUGUUUUUUAGGUCCUAUCAUGCCAGGAAGAUUGUUAGGAUAGCAAUUCAACUAACAGCAGUUACCGGAGUAGUGUAAGGUUUUAUUACACUAUAUUGGGGGUCUGUGGAAAAAGUCGUAUUAUUGGGGAACAUGGAUGUAACAGCAGUAAGCUGUUUCCUUCAGAUGACCAGCAUG